AUUACAUUGGGCCCACGACUGGAAAGGCCAAAUGAAUGAGAGAGGACGACGAACAACUUGAAACUCAAGGACGAUUACAUUGAGGACGACGAAGAAGGAGAAGGCGAACGAUUCUGGUGAACAAAGGGCCAGAAGGCCAAGGAUUGUAGAAAACUGCUUGAUAAUGUCCGAAGAGCCCAGCUCCGGGCUUAGGCUCAAGAAGAAACUCAAACUUGCAGUUGGAAAAUCCAAGAGUUCGAAGAACUUUGAUAGAAGCACAGGAGAUAGUGUUGAAAAAGCUGCUCGGAGGGGGAAACUGAAGCCUGCAACUGAUAAUGUUAAAAGACACAGAAUAUAUGGUGGCCGAAAUAGUGAUAUGAAGGUCAAUUCAUUCACUGAUGUUAUGAAAUUCAAGAGGAAAUCUCUUUCGAGAAGACGACAGGAUGAUGAAGUUGUUGGAAUGCCUACAGUUUUGGCUUCUAAGACUUCAAACCAGUCUCUUAAAAAGCAAGAUAAUGGGGUAAGAAGUUCGAAAGUAUUCUAUGAUAAAAGGAAGAGUAGAGGGGAAAAAGACCACAAUGUGGAAUAUGUAAGGAAGACACAUUCCAAAAACACCAAGGAUUCGAGCAAGACAUUGGAUUCUACUGAGAAAAAAUCAUGGCGUGUAACUCAUUCAGAUCCUGCCAAGAAAAGAGAUUCCAAGAAAAGGAGUGAAAAUGGUGAUCCAGAGCUCCUAAUUGAUCAACAUCAACCAAAAAGGAGGAAGUUGGUAAUUCAUAGAGGUCCAUACGAUCCCUCUAAUAAGCGGCUGGAUGAUGGGAUAAUAACUGAUGAAAAUGCCGGGCAGGAGAAAGCAAACUCAGAGAAAAAAGAUGAGAUAUCAAAAAAUGCUCAGUUUCGAGCCAUACAACCUAGUAAAUCCAUCAUUUCAUUCGUAGAAGAGAAUUUUUUGGGCCGUAGGCGCAUGAUUGAGAUUAAAAGAGCAGGCUACAACACCGAUCUCACUGCCCCUUUGGAUAAUAUCCCCUUUUCUAACAGUGCUGAGAGAGAAAGAAUUGAAGAAAAUAUAUUCAGGAAUAAGUUGACCUUCUUUGCUGCUGCAAAAGCUUCAUCAUCUUUUCCACCUCCUGAUGUGCCAGAGAUUGCAUUUGCUGGAAGAUCAAAUGUUGGAAAGUCAUCACUGCUUAAUGCCCUUACAAGACAAUGGGGUGUUGUACGGACAUCUGACAAACCUGGUCUUACUCAGACCAUCAAUUUUUUUAAUCUGGGAUCAAAGCUAUCUUUGGUGGAUUUACCUGGAUAUGGCUUUGCUUAUGCAAAAGAGGAAGUUAAGGAUGCUUGGGAGGAGUUGGUAAAAGAGUAUGUUUCAACAAGAGUUGGUCUUAGACGGGUAUGCUUACUUGUUGAUACAAAAUGGGGGAUGAAACCAAGGGAUCAAGAGCUCAUUAAUUUGAUGGAAAGAUCUCAAACGAAAUACCAAAUUGUAUUGACAAAGACUGAUGUGGUCUUCCCAAUGGAUGUAGCACGUAGAGCAAUGCAAAUUGAAGAGAGACUCAAGGCAAACAAGUCAAUUGUCCAACCUCUGAUGAUGGUUAGUUCAAAAUCAGGAGCUGGCAUCCGUAGUUUAAGAACGGUUUUGGCUAAAAUCGCUCGGUUUGCUAAAGUCUAGGUGAGAGGUGCCUUUUUUAUGACAAGGUUAAUUAUAGCUAAGCAAAAUAAUCAUAAAGCUUCUUGCGAUCAGCUAAGUUUGGUAGUCAACUUGGAAAUACAAUGAAGUCCCUGCUACAAUUUGGCUCAAAUUGAGUAAUACAGAAUUUGGGCCGGCAUAAGCUGAAAGAAAUACGAGGCAUCGUCUUUUUUGAGUUACAAUUCAAAGAUGUGAAGAUGAAUAUUCCACAGGAUCAAAUGGGUUCAAAAGGGUCAAUCUUGCUGCCCUUGUUUCUUGCCUUGGCUGUUUUGGAAUAUUACCAACUGGCUUGCGGUGUUUUCACAAUCCCUAAACUUUGUUUAUUUGUCCCCUUUUUGCCCAUGUAUGUGAUGGUUUUACAAUACCCAUCUAUACCGAGCCAGCAUUUAUGGAAUUUUAAAUCACAGAUCAUCUCUUGGUUACUAAUAUAUACUGAAUGAGUUAGCCUCAUUUUGGUCAUGGAAUCUAAUGUCUGAUAAUUUUAAUUGGAAAUUAUGUUUUACAUGUUUGCCCUCUAUAUAGUAGUGUUUGGAGUGAAUGUCUAUGAUGUAUUAGAGGGUCUUUAUUUUAUAACUUGAUUUGCAAAUUUCCGACUCCAUGCAUUGCCCCUCAUAAAUGGAUGAUGACAUUGAUUGUUGAGUUGAGUUGGUGGACGAUUUUUGACUUUUCAACUCCAUUGAACGUAAGCCACUAUUCCUCUAUUCCUUAUUACACAUGGCUGCUGAUUCCUUAUUUUCAUUAUAUUAUUUUUUAGAUUGAAAUAUCAUUUUAGAUAAAUUUAUUCAAUCGUAAAUUUAGUCUCCAUUACUUGUUUAUUAUCCGUGAUAGAUGUCUAUCGUUGUUUAUUAAUGAUUAUUAUUUUUUAUUUGAAAAUAAUUCUAUAUUAUAUUUUACGUUGAAUAUUGCAAUACAUGUUUAGUCAUGAAAUGAAAAUACGAUGAGAAUGGUGUUUUAACUCAUUCUUUUUUUUCAUCCAUUAUUGAUUAUUAUAGCAGCCAGCCACCAUUAUAAUAUCCUACUACUUUUAUUUAUUUGUGUAUUUUGCAAUAAAAUAUUUUGCUUGUGGCAUUGUGGGUUAUCACUAACCAAAUCUUUAACCUUAUCUGAUUAUUAAUAUCAUUUGUCUUGGCAUCCCUUUCAUUUUAGUCAUAAGAAAUAAUAAAAAAUGAGUGGUUAGGUUAGGUGGAAAAGCAAGCAACCUCCAAAUUCCCCAAUUUUGACAAUUCCUUCACUUCACUCGUUGAUUUACCCUAACAAUCAUUUCUUCCCUUUCCCUGUGCCUAAAUUCUCUCCCUUAAUUCAGAUCCAGAGGUUAGAGAAAGAAUAAUAAUUGGAAGAAAAAAGAUAUGUGUCCGCUGAGAUUUAUUCUCAUAUUUCUCUCAGCGACACUUGCCGGCUUCUUCCUUCUCCGUAACCUCAAAUCUCCUCCUCAAGAUUUCGUGGCCGGCGAUAAUUCCGACGAUAACUCCAAGGAAUUGAACUCCGAUUCGUCGUCCUCCUCCGAGGUGUCUUCGGGGUUCUGGACGGUGGUGGACAUGGCCAGCGGCCGCUACUUGUGGAGGCAUUUGUUUCCGUCGUCCAAGAAGCCUUCCGAUUGACGAUACUAUACGAUACGAUGUCGGACUUGUGAGUGUUUCGGCGGCCUAGGGCUCAUCUUCUUCUCUUGUAUUGUAUGAAUAAUAAUCUCUUUUACCCUUACCACCUUCGAGUAGAUUUUGUAAAAUUCCUCUUCUUCCAUUCCUAUCGAAUGUCGUCGUUAACAUCUAAAUCUGUAAUGGAAAAUUGAAAUACUAAAAGUGUUCAGAAAUGCUCAGUCGUAAAUGCUUCUGAUUUCAAUUGGGA